AUGUUGACUGUUUUAUUUUUAUUUGCAUGCUUCGUAAAAGCUUACUCAACAGCCACUCGAAUUGAAUGGGGCCACUUCACAUCAGCCGAGCAGACAGCCAUUCUUCAAGCUCACAACGCUUUCCGCUCGAAAUUGGCCUUGGGCACAUACAAGUCAGCGGCUGGGGUCAAGUUCGCCAAGGCCACAAAUAUGUAUCAAUUGAAAUGGGAUUUUAACGCGGCGGAUGAAGCCUUUGAUGCCUUGGUUCUUUGUCCAAUGACUCCCACAACCUACAAAGGACAGAACUUCUAUAAAGGAAUCAACGUUUCUAGGACGGGAUGUGGCACUAAGGCUUGCGCAGCGUGGACCAACGAAUUUCACGCUUUUGGUCCUUCUGGUUACGUGAUGACAGUAAACACAAAACAGGCGACUCAGAUGGCUUGGGCCAAAUCGCACUCGGUUGGGUGUGCGUGGGCGAAUUGUCAAAAUGGAGCCGAUACCGUGAUGCUUGUUAUUUGUCGCUACACGCCAGAGGGCAACACGGCUGGAGUGAAAGCCUAUGCACAAGGCGCAAAAACCUGUGCGAUGUGUCCACCAGUCGCGGCACCGUGUGUGAAAGCAACUGGACUUUGCGGUGAGCCUCUACCUGUACCCGAUUACAAGCUCUUCCCAGCGGCCGAUCAAACCUAUUUUCUGAGUAAAUUCAACUCAGUUCGCUCACAAAUGGCUCUCGGGGAAUUAACGUGGGACAACUGUAGCUGGCAUUGGGCAACAAAUGAUAAGCCAAACGAGACGAUUUACUGGCCGGCAUCGAAAGCCACCUAUCAGCUGAAAUGGGACGCCGGUCUGGCUUUAUCGGCUGGUAAAAAACUCGCCUCAGCGAAAUACUUUCCAGACCCUACUGGGAAUUAUGCUCUAAACGCAAGUGUCGGUAAUUUUGGCUACAAUACCAAUGUUGAUGAAUGGAUCCCACGACGAGACAGCGAGGGCACGCUGCAGCAAAUGAUCAACGCAGCCUGGUUCACGUGGUACGGCUGCUUUGGGGUGCUGAAAAUGGCCUAUCACGCGAUGGCCGACCCGAAGAAUGGCACUCAAGUUUACGAGGAUAUUCUCUAUACGUAUUUGGCUGGGAGUGCUCGAAAGAUUGGAUGCGCCUAUCGAAAUGACACUGGUUAUUGGGGGAUUCUCUGUUACACCUGGCCGAAAGGAUUGACUGUUGGUUCGGCUUUCUACCCAGCCGGUACUCCGGUUUGCUCCUCGUGUCCAUCCACCGCUCCAUGCAACAAGGCCACUGGACUUUGUGUUCUGAAA